UCGAACGCACCGCUUGUACUCAAACAGCUCAGUGACGAUAUCGCUGCAACUCAACCCCCUAAAGGAAUGGGCCAUACGGAAAAAAUACUAGGUUUGUAUUGGGGCCCAGAUAAUGAUGUUUUUAAGUUUAUUUGCAGAUUCUCUAAAAUGCGACGAGAUAUCUUGCAAAGCGACGUGGUACCGACGAAGAGAGAAGUUCUCCAGAUUUUCAUGUCCAUUUUCGAUCCCCUUGGAUUCUUAGCACAUUACACCGUCGGGUUGAAAAUACUGUUGCAAGAUGUCCAUUUUCGAUCCCCUUGGAUUCUUAGCACAUUACACCAUCGGGUUGAAAAUACUGUUGCAAGAAGUAUGGCGCUCUUGCAUCGGAUGGGACAAACCGCUUCCAGAACAGCUCUACAAACAAUGGUGUCUUUGGAAGACAUUAUUGCCAGCAAUAUCAGUCACAACAAUCCCACGUUGCUAUUCGCCUCUCCUAACAAAUUCUAAGUGUAACCAACUCCACACAUUUGUGGACGCCGGUGAGCACGCAUACGCCGCCGUUUGCUAUAUACGGACUCAGUUCGGUAACAAAGUCGACACCAUUAUAGUUGCUGCCAAAUCGAAGGUUACCCCAUUGAAGCCAGUAUCGAUACCGAGGCUCGAAUUACAAGCCGCGGUAAUCGGCGUGAGGUUGGCAACCACCGUUAAAGCAGCGCUGAGAGUGCCGAUACAUGCUCGAUUCUGGUGGUCGGACUCAAAAACUGUCCUAAAGUGGCUGCGCAUGGAUCCCAAAAACUUUAAGCCGUACGUAAUGCAUCAUAUAGGCGAAGUGCUCGAGACGACAAACGCCACUGAUUGGCGUUGGGUUCCGUCGAAGUUAAACCCCGCCGAUCUGGCGACAAAGUUCAACACACAGCACGGCUCCGAGUUUUGGAUAUAUGGACCAAAGUUCCUAUUAUUCGAGCAAGCGGAGUGGCCGACGUGCAAAGACCUUGGUGCAGCGGAGCACACUGAGUUACGACACUGCGUUCUGCAUACGACUAAAAGUACUCCUGAACACCCUCUUCUCAAUGCAGAGGAUUUUUCGACAUGGCGACGCCUAUAUC